UGGACACGGGCCCUGCCCCAUAACCAACCCCUUGUGUCACUUAUGGGGCGCCCCAUAGCGCCCGUUGCAGCUUAAAGAGCCGCCUAUGGGGUGCGUUAUGGAUGCAGCACCCCCAUAGUUACUUAUGGGGCACCCCACAGCGCCCAGUGAGGCCCAAAGGGUCACUUAUGGGGCACCCCAUAGCACUGCGGGCUCCGAGAGUCACUUAUGGGGCACCCCAUAGCGUCAAUGCUCGCCCCCCCACCCAGCCCCAUAUUCGCUUAUGGGGCACCCCACGGCAGCACCAACCCCCCCUGUAGUUACUUAUGGGGUGCCCCAUAGCACCAGCCUCCCCCAUCCAUAACCACUUAUGGGGCACCCCACACUUAUGGGGCACCCCACACUUGUGGGGCCCAUUUCCGCUUGGGUGCCCCACAGCAGCGCCCCAUUGACUUCUGGGGCGCCCCACACAUGCCCCCCUCCCCCCCAGCCCCCUUACUUGGGGGGCGCCCCCCAAGUCAGGACCCCCCAACGUCUCUCUUUUGGGCACCCAGCAGCCGAUGGAGCCGCGGGACCCCCAAGUGUGGGGGGUCACCCCAUGGAGCAGGCCGGGACCCACAAGUGCCAUGGGGGGAAGCCCAGCGGUGGCUGGGACCCAUAAGUGCCGUGUGGGGCAGGCCGUGGAUCGCCUAUGGGGCGCCCUAUGGAUGUGUGGGGCAGACGAUGGAGCUCGGGGACCCCUAACCAACGCUAUGGGGCAGCCUGUGGAUGUGUGGGGCGCCCCACGGAUCGCCUAUGGGGCGGCCUAUGGACAUCUGGGACCCACAAGUGCCAUGUGGGGCUCCCUAUGGGCAUCUGUGACCCACAACCUCACUUAUGGGGCAGCCGAUGGAGCUCUGGGACCCAUAGCAAGUGCUAUGGGGCACCCUAUGGAUCAGUCUGUGACCCACAAGUGCUACAUGGGGCACCCUACAGACACCUGCGACCCACAACUUAACUUAUGGGGCAGCCAAUGGACCUCUGGGACCCACAAGUGCCAUGUGGGGCAGCCCACUCGUCUCUUAUGGGGCAGCCUAUGGACAUCAGUGACCCCCAAGUUCACUUAUGGGGCAGCCCAUGGACCUCAGUGGCUCCCAACCUGACUUAUGGGGCACCCCACGGAUACUGCAAGGCCAUCGAGUUCACUUAUGGGGCACCCUAUGGAUGCUGCGUGACCCCCAAGUUCACUUAUGGGGCAGCCAAUGGACAUCAGUGCCCCCCAAGUUCACUUAUGGGGCAGCCCAAGGACCUCAGUGAUCCCCAAGUUCACUUGUGGGGCAGCCAAUGGACCUCAAUGACCCUUCUUCACCCCACACUUAUGGGGCAAGCAAUGGACCUCUGUGAUCUUCCUUCAUCCCACACUUAGGGGGCAGCCAAUGGACUUCCACCACGCCCAGCCCCACACUUAUGGGGCAGCCAAUGGACCUCAGUGACCCUUCUCCACCCCACACUUAUGGGGCAGCCCAAGGAACUCAGUGACCCCCAAUUCACUUAUGGGGCAGCCAAUGGACCUCAAUGACCCUUUUUCACCCCACACUUAUGGGGCAGGAAAUGGACUUCAAUGACCCUUCUCCACCCCACACUUAUGGGGCAGCCAAUGGACCUCAAUGACCCCCAAGUUCACUUAUGGGGCAGACAAUGGACCUCAAUGACCUUUCUCCACCCCACACUUAUGGGGCAGCCCAAGGAGCUCAGUGACCCCCAAGUCCACUUAUGGGGCAGCCAAUGGACCUCAAUGAUCUUCCUUCACCCCACACUUAUGGGGCAGACAAUGGACCUCAAUGACCCUUCUCCACCCCACACUUAUGGGGCAGCCCAAGGAGCUCAGUGACCCCCAAGUUCACUUAUGGGGCAGCCAAUGGACCUCAAUGACCCCCAGGCUCACUUAUGGGGCACCCUAUGGACCUCAGUGACCCCCAAGUUCACUUAUGGGGCACCCUAUGGACCUCACUGACCCUUCACCCCCCACUUAUGGGGCAGCCCAUGGACCUUAGUGACCCCCCACCUCACUUAUGGGGCAGCACAUGGACAUCUCUGACCCCCAUCUCCUCUUAUGGGGCACCCAUUGGACCUCAGUGACCCCCAAGUUCACUUAUGGGGCAGCCCACGGACGCGCCGGACGCCCCCCCCACACCGGAGAGCCCCGCCCGGCCCAAGGCCUUCAAGAGGAAGAUCAGCGUCGUCUCGGCCGCCAGGGGGAGCUCGGACGCAGAGGGGGGGGCCGGGCCGGUGCCGGGGGGCACCCGCAAGCGGCGCUGGGGCAGCAGCACUGGGGCCCCCAAGCGCCCGUCCAUCAGCAUCACCACUGAGAGCCUUAAGAGCCUGAUCCCAGAGAUGAAGGCGGAAGCAGUUGUGGAGCUGCACCCGGAAGAGGAAGAGGAGGAGGAGGAGGAGGACGAGGAUCGACCAAUGGGGAUGGAGGAAGAGGCCGGAGGGGGCGUGGCCGGAGGGGGAGGGGGCGUGGCCUCCAUGCCCCUCCCCCCGCCCCCCCCACCCCCGUUGCUGGGGCUGCCCCAUCACCUCCAUCAUCACCUGCAUCAUCACCAUGGCAACAACCCCCCCCUCAAGAUCUGCCGCACAGUUACCCAGGACGUGCCCCCAGAGAACGGCCGUCGCCAUGACAACGAGGCCGAGGGGGAGGAGGGGGAGGAGGAGGGGAGGGGCCGAGCGGAGCCCCCGCCCCCUGCCGGCUCUGGCCCCGCCCCCUCGGCGCAGGCCACGCCCCCUGCGGAGGGAGCCCCGCCCCCUGCUGGCGCGGAGGGGGACGUGAAGAGAGGUGACCCCCCCCGCCGCCCCCGCCCGGGGCUGGUGCUGCCUGUGGAUGACCCUGUCCGGGCAGGGCCCAACCGCCCCUCCCCCCCCCGCGCCCGCCCCUCCCCCAUCGUGCACCUCUGCAACCUGGUUCGCCCCUUCACCCUGGGGCAGCUCAAGGAGCUCCUGGGCCGCACUGGGAGGCUGCGGGAGGAUGGAUUCUGGAUCGACCGCAUCAAGUCCCAUUGCUAUGUGACGUACUGCUCUGUGGAGGAGGCAGUUGCCACCCGCAAUGCUCUGCAUGGGGUCAAGUGGCCUCAGUCCAACCCCAAAGUGCUGGCGGCCGACUUCGCGGAGCAGGAGGAGCUGGACUUCCACCGCGGUCUCCUCCCCGAGCGCCCGGACACGGGGGAGGAGCCUCCGGGGUCAUGCCCCCAGGCGCGGGGGGCGUGUCCGGGGGGCGUGGCCAGCGCCGGCCGCAGCCAAUCACAGUGGGCGGAGCGGGAGCGGGAGAUGGAGCGCAGGGAGCGUGCGCGGGGGGAGCGGGAGUGGGACCGGGACAAGGGGGCGGGGCCUGGAGCCUUAGCCCCGCCCCCCGCCUCCGGCCACGCCCCCAACGCCAGCCCCGGACACGCCCCCUCGGCGGCGGGGACACGCCCACCCGGCGCAGGCCACGCCCCCUCCGGCAGGGAGCCCCGCCCACGGCACCGGCAGCCAAUGGGGGACAAGGAGAGGGCGGGGCGGGGCUCCAGGGAGGGGAGGGGGGAGAAGAAAGAGAAGCCCCCCGAGGAGCCCCCAGCCAAGCUAUUGGAUGAUCUCUUCCGGAAGACCAAGGCAGCGCCGUGCAUCUAUUGGCUGCCGCUGACCGACACCCAGUUCAUCCAGAAACAGGCCGAGCGCAUGGCCCGGGCCCGGGAGCGCGAGCGGCGCCGCAAGGAGCAGGAGGAGGAGGAGCUCCGGCAGCAGCGCGGGGCCCCGCCCCCGUCACGUGACAAACGGGCCCCGCCCACCGGCCCCGCCCCCUCCGGUGGGGGACUCUAA